UACUUGUCGCUGAUAUAGCGGAAGUCUUUCCCUAGUUCCGGUCUCUAUCGUAUCGGCCGCUGGGCAAGAUGACGAAGGGAACAUCGUCAUUCGGAAAGCGCCGCAAUAAGACGCACACUCUGUGCCGUCGCUGCGGAUCCAAGGCCUACCAUCUGCAGAAGUCUACCUGCGGCAAGUGCGGCUACCCCGCCAAGCGCAAGAGAAAGUACAACUGGAGUGCGAAGGCCAAGAGACGCAACACCACCGGCACCGGCAGGAUGCGGCACUUGAAGGUUGUCUUCCGCAGAUUCAAAAAUGGUUUCCGUGAAGGCACGACACCCAAACCCAAGAGGGCCGCAGUUGCCGCUUCCAGCUCUUCUUAAGGACAGAAACUUGUUAAAAUAAAUGUUGCUAAAAAA